ACACUGCUACGCAGGCAGAAGCAACAACAACUUGAGACUGGGAGAAGAAAAUGUAUUAAAAACUUUAAAAUCCGUGAAAAGCUCAAGAAAAUUAAACCUAACUAGGAAUUAGAAGUCACAUUCAAUACAAGCAUGGCCUCCGCAACGGUAAGAAAUGUGCCGCUGCUCGACGAUGACACGAUACCCUUCGGCGAGGAGGACGAGAUGCGGGAUCCCAGUCAAGCGGGCCAGAAAUACACGCACCCGUAUGUCACCUUCUUCCACUUGUUCUUCAGGGGCGCCGCCAUCGUCAUAUAUAUGUUUUGCGGCUGGUUCAGCGACUCCUUCAUCACCAGUUUCGUCUUCGUGGUGCUCUUUUUGUCCGCCGACUUCUGGACGGUGAAAAACAUCUCGGGAAGACUGCUUGUGGGUCUGCGCUGGUGGAACUACGUCGAUGACGAUGGAGUAUCACACUGGGUGUUUGAGUCAAAGAACUCUGAAUCCUACCAGAGUCGGAUCAACAAGCACGAGCAGCGUGUCUUCUGGCUGGGACUCAUCCUCUGUCCCUUCUUCUGGGGCCUCUUCUUCCUAAUGGCCCUGUUCGGUCUGAAGUUCAAGUGGCUGCUAUUGGUUAUGAUUGCCAUUGCGCUGAAUGCAGCCAAUUUGUAUGGCUACGUCAAGUGCAAUUAUGGCGCUAGCAAGGAUCUAAAUUCCGCCGCCACGGACUUUGUGAAGACGCAGCUCUUUAAGAACGCCAUGGACAUCAUGACCAAGCCCAGUGCCGCCCAGCCGCCAACCAAUGUACGUCCCACGGGAGUCGUUUGAGCUGAGUGAACUCCCAUUUACUAAGUCACAUUGCCACCGUCUGCUGCAGCGUAUUCCAAAGAGUAUUUGACGCUUCUUAUGGCCCAGACCACGGAACUUUCAACGGCAUCGCUGUCUGUGUGUAACAUAUGUAAAACUUAAUUUAGCCAUAUUGCAAUCUAUCAUAAUCAUUUCGUACUUUUACUUGGAUUAAAGGACCGCAUGUGCGUGCGACAUGCAACCAGUA